ACUGUCGGCAGUUCUUUUGCUCUCGCCGGUACCGACGGAGUUUUGAUUUAAGUUGUUCACUCGCUAGGGCAGUGCAGUCAUGUAUUUGAGUAUUUCCGAAAGAAUGCACCUAAAAUGACAAGAGAUCGUCUCAGUGAGUUGCUGGAGAAGAGCACGUUCAAGGAUUUCGAAUACAAGUUUGUCCAGGAGCACGAAUUCUGGACUAUAUACAACCAGGAACGAAUUUUAGAUGACUUAGAUCGGUUUUCAGAGAUUUCCACCUGGAUCCGGGAGCUGCAGCGAAAUAUUCUGGAUAUUGAAGUGAACAUUUUUUCCGAGGGAUUCGACAAAGCCGGACGGAAGAUGAAAGAGAAUGCUACACUGUGUUAUAAAAUCUACUCGGCUGUGAAACGAAUGCAAAAUGAACUGACAACGCAGCAGUGGCGAGAACAGGAAGAGGUUGUUAGCCGCGUUCGUUCUGUGCAAUAUGACAGUAUCAAAGCUGCCUACCUGAAGGCGUACUGGCAUUACGAGGCGUUAGUAGGCCGCUUAGAGGAAACGAUUAAGCUGAAUAGUUGCAUUUUAUCUUCCAGGGAAAGCCUCUAUCAAUCCGACUGUGGACCAGCUGAUCGUCUUCUGCAGGAGACCCAGUAUCGGAGAUUGUCCCAACCAUGCUCGACAGACGACACCAUAAAUGAUGCGUUAAGCUCCCUUGGCGCUGUGGAAGACCGUCAUCAUGAACUGCGGGCGCUAGAGCGCUCAUUAGUCGAAAUGCGUGAUCUGUUUGUCCUGUUUUCUACUCUGGUAAUGCAACACGGCAGUCUUCUUAAUUUGAUUGAAGGAAACGUCCAAACUGCCUCCGACCACGUGGUAAGUGCGGUUGAAAAACUGGAAACCGCUCGAGAGUAUCAGUGGAAAGCGACGGGGAGAAAUUGUUUGUGCUUCAAUAGGAUAGCGAUUUUGUUGUUCAUUUUGGCGGUACUGACGGUAAUAGUUUUUAUAUUGAUAAUUAAAAAGUUCCUACUGUAAUCUUAUUUCAUUAUUUAUUUUUAUGUAAACCACGGGGUUGGUUAUGGUUUAAAACAGGUCUGAUCAGUGGCUUUUGUUUGAUUGUUGCUUCUGGUAAACUUACAAGAAUUUUAGCGGUUGCAUUAGGAAAUGUACGGUAAACCGGCACGGAAACAAAAUAUUAAUUUAAGAAUAAAAUCGUAAAUGGAAAGAAAAUGAUCGUACAAUGCACGAGUUCAUUCGUCAUUUUCUGAAACGAAGUAUUUUCGUGCAUUGUAGUAAGUUUCGUUCAUUUCAUGAACAGGA